AGUCAUCCAAGCCACUGCUUCCCCCGCACAAAGGCGCAUCACAGGGCAACAAUGUCUCCAAACACCCGCACGGAUUUCAUGGAAGCGAUUUGUUCCCCUUGUUCCUUUUACGCUCCGUCCUAGCGCGUCUUCUGGUGGGAACGCGAUGUCCUGGAUGUAUUUUCUCCGGAGAUCGUAAAGUGGAGGGAAGCGCAGCUCGCUGAAGAAGCCAUGUGGAGAGCGGACACGUCCCUUGGUGGUAGCACCGGAGGCAAAAAGCCACACUAACAGGACAUCAUUAUUUGUGCUUUAUUGGAGAAAAAGAUCUGUGGAUGAGCACACAAAGAGGGAAGAGAUGGUAGAGAAUGGCCGCACCUGACCUUCUUGACCCUAAGUCUGCUGCCCACAACUCCAAACCUCGCCUGUCGUUCUCUGUCAACCCGGUUGUGCUGAACACCCCAGAAGAUGAUGAUGAGUGUGAUACCCGGACUACAGUCAUGAGGUGGAAAACUGUGUCAGCCAUCUUCUUUUUGGUGGUGCUUUACCUCAUUAUUGGAGCAACAGUGUUCAAAGCGCUCGAACAGCCUCACGAGAGCUCCCAGAAACUGCUCAUUCUCGCAGAAAAACUGGACUUCUUGGCCAUGCACGCCUGUGUGAAUUCCUCCGAGCUGGAGGAUUUGGUCAAGCAAGUGGUGUCAGCAGUCCGAGCAGGUGUGAACCCUUCAGGAAAUGUAUCCAAUCAGACGAGCCUCUGGGAUAUCAGUUCCUCUUUUUUCUUUGCUGGGACUGUUAUCACCACCAUCGGAUUUGGGAAUAUCUCUCCUCACACAGAAGGUGGGCGGAUCUUCUGCAUAAUUUACGCUCUGCUUGGGAUUCCCCUGUUUGGAUUCUUAUUGGCUGGUGUAGGGGACCAGUUGGGGACCAUAUUUGGGAAGGGCAUCGCCAGAGUAGAGAAGAUGAUUGUGAAGUGGAAAGUCAGCCAGACAAAGAUCCGCGUCAUCUCGACGCUGAUCUUCAUCCUGUUCGGGUGCCUCAUCUUCGUGGCUCUGCCGGUCAUCAUCUUCAAACACAUCGAGGGCUGGAGCACGCUAGAGUCCAUCUACUUUGUCGUCAUCACCCUCACCACGAUUGGCUUUGGAGACUUUGUUGCCGGUGAAAAAGGUGGAUCAGAGAAUCCAGACUUUCUGGACUACUACAAGCCUGUGGUGUGGUUCUGGAUCCUGGUGGGUCUGGCCUACUUUGCUGCUGUUCUCAGUAUGAUUGGAGACUGGUUCCGAGUCAUCUCCAAGAAAACUAAAGAGGAGGUUGGGGAGUUUCGGGCUCACGCAGCCGAGUGGACAGCAAACGUGUCAGCAGAGUUCAAGGAGACCCGGCGGCGACUCAGCGUUGACAUCUAUGACAAGUUUCAACGUGCUGCAUCCAUCAAGCGCAAGCUGUCAUCCGAGCUGGGUAUUAACGCGUCCAUCAACCAGGAAAUGACCCCCGGCAAGAGAGCGCUGUCCACCACUCUGUGUGAAGACAGAGAGGGCAACCCCAGCUUGACUCUCUCCCUCAGUCCUGUUGCAGGGACCCUGGCCAGGAACGGCAGCCUCUACCUGAACGGCCUCAGCCCAGACUACGCUGACCGGCGGGAGAUUGCCAUCAUUGAAAAUCUAAAAUGAGGAGCAGCGUGAAAAUUUGAUUCAGGGAACUAAGUAAAUCACAUCUGGUAGCAGACAGAGCUUACAAACACAUACACACUAUUGUGUUUAUAUUGACUGAGCAUCUGAGAUAAGGUACCUGUGCACAUUCUGUAAGUGGAUUGUGCUUCAAUCAUUGAUUGAAAACCUUGAGAGUGACUUCAACGCAGAUGAAUUGCCAAGCUCUGGGCUUUCUUUUACGUGUGUUUCAAACACUUGGAGCUCACAGGUUGCAUUCACUCAUUGGAGGAGGCCAACUUCUUUUCGUUGUGUCCGUGCCAAAUGAUCGACAGCUGUGCGACUGAGCCAAAUCAGAAAGAACAAAUGAUUGUAUCAGAGGCAUGAGUUUAACAAACUUUAUCUCAUGAGCAGGAAGGAAAUGAAAGCCCACAUUGAGGUAGCAACACAGCAGACAUCAUCUUCUCAUGUACCUACAAACAAGCCUGUGAACACACAGAAAUAAGUACAUCCAGUAAACUUAGAAAGCAAUAGAUGUAUCUGUGCUCAUCUCUUGUCAAAUUUCCAGAGGCCCUGACAUCUGCAUCAGAUAAAGAGGAUCCUCACCGCUACGAACACUCCAUAAUCAACAAUAAACACUUGUUCUUGAUAUGGCAGCAGUCCUGUAAUAACACAUAAGAAUGUGGCUUUUUCUUUUUAGUUUACACUUCUUCCAGUAUGAAUUUAUAUGCCUUGCAUUUUCGCCGCCCUCGCUAAAGAGACGAAUGUUGACUUUUUUUGUUUCUCCCUGACUGACAUUCAGCUUUUCACCCUAAGGAAUAAUCCAGUUGUGCCUUACUGAAAUCACACUGAACAUGUGAGGAUGGUGAUGCAUGAAGGACCGAGCGGCGCUUUGUCCGUCCACUCAUACUUGUUAUAUAUGAGCACAGUAGUUAUAAAAAGGCGUACAUUUAGAAGGCAUCUUGGAAUAAAAUCAGCAUGAAGAUGAGGCAAAUGGAUGGAGAGGACAUGGAUUUUUUUUAUUUAAUUCAUUUUAAGAGGAAUCUACAGUUUGCAUGGCAACAGUGUGGAGAAACUGUUUCUUAACAACUGAGAAAAUGUCACUUUUCUGUCUGCCAGUGUGAUUUUGCCAUUUCCUACAAGUCUUGAAUGUGUUGAGAGAAUUACAUUAACCACACAGUGCCAGGCUCCAUGAUCAGACCCCGUUCUCCCUUAUACCAAAGUAAUGAUCCUAUUUUUAGAUCUAGUUGUGAUCAAAGGACCAGGAGUGCUUCUUUCUCAUGAAUCUGAAGCAUAAAGCUGGGUGCAUCAACACAGGCUUGUUUUUCCAAUUGGAAAUAAAUCCUGGCAUGCAUGGUACUGUAGAAAUGAAAGCUCCUGGUGUGGAAAAAUACUGCAUUUUUACCUUUCUGCUUUCUAUGUUGCAGCUCUCAUCACCACAUUAACAUAGAAAGUAUAUUGAUUAUUGUCAAUAUCGAAUGUACACCGUCAGUGCUGCAGUGACUAAAUUAUCAAGAUUUUAAAAGGUCUAUGAGUUGUAUCACAUUAAAAUAGAAGCAUUGAUUCAAAUGAAUCCCCUUUCUGCAGCUGAUUUGAUGUUAAUUAAAAAUUGAUUAGAGAUUAUGAAAAAGUUAGUAAUGUCACAGCAGUUAAUAAUCUCUUUGAUUGUUAAUACAAAAUGUACUUACUUAAUUUCAUAUUUUAAACAGGCCCCUUUUUUAAAACAGUUGCUUUUAAUGACAUUAUACAUAUAUUUUAGGUUCUGGUCUCCUGGUUGAAUGGUUUGGAUUGUGUGUCUUAUGAUGUUAUUCAGUGCUUUUUAUCCAACACAAUAUGCUGUAAUAUUUUCAAUACAUUUGAUAGUGCUAUUUACAGUUUGUAGCAUUACAAUCUAUUUAUGAUACAGUGUGACUUACAAGACAAUACGCCAUAUGUGGCAAACCAAGCCUAUCUGUCUGCUAUACCAAAUGUCUAUAAUGUAUGAGUCAUCAUCAGGUGGAAAACAGUAUGUUUUGUAAUAUAGCAGGAGGAUCCAGAUGCACCAGCUCUUUGUAAGUUUACAAGCUCGAUUCCAAAGAAGUUCGGAUGCAGAGUUAAAGAUAAGUAAAAACAGAAGGCAUUGAAAUCAGAGCUCAGUGUAUAUUUACAAAAAAACAAAGGUUUAUCAUUUCAACUGUCUUUAACAGUAUUUGAUUGAAUAUCGGUCAAAAAGGGAUUUGCAAAUCAUUGCAUUCUGUUUUUGUUUUCUUAUUCCAACAUCCAAACUCCUUGAGAAUCCUGGUUGUAUUUGUAAAUAAGUGAUGGGAAAAAACAAGGUUGCACCAAACAUACAUAGAGACCAGCUGUUACUAAAUAAGUGCACCAUGUAACACUCAGGCGGCAAUCUCCGUGCCUGAGCAUGGAGGCCAACCAGGAAGUGCAUUAAGCCUGCAAUUCACCGAAAAUUCCAGUAGGGGGUGCUAAGUUUGGCUGCAAAAAAAAUCUGUCCAUUCAUUUCAGUGCAAAAUUUGAAAACUUCUCACUUGAUUUAUUACCCCAGAAAUUUUUUUCAGGACAACAUUAUGGUCUCAAUCGCUAGUAAAAAAUCUUCUUCAAGACAAUUUGAUGUCAAUAGUUCUAAUAAUGGCCCCAUUUAGAAGAAAAUAGAAGAUAAAGAAUCGUACUAUUUGGGGCGUGGCUACAGGUCACUGACAAGGCAAGCCGUCACCAGGCGAGAAGCAGAGCAAUGCGUAUCCACGGCAACGUGUCAAUAAAGUUAUAUAUAACGUUAUAUAGAUAGAAAAGAGGACGUUUACCGAUUUGGUCUCAUAACUUUGACCCUUUCACACUGUAUUUUCACUUAAUGACAGUUUAUUUGAACGUUUUGUUCAGUAAAAAUGUCUUGUUCAGUGUUUGGUUGGACUAACAGACACUCCAAGGAGUCGCUGCUCAGUUUUCUGAGGUAAGAAAGAUACAUUUUGUUUUUGUUUUUUUGCUAGCCAAAACUAACAUCCCAGUUAAUGCUCCAAUUAAUGCUAACACGAAUUAGCAGGGGCUUCUCUCAGUCGGGUUGCCGGUGUAGAGAGGCGUGUAGUCAGUGUCGUCAGAUCCCUCGCGCUCCGCCACAGUCCAAAUAUGGUUGCUCUGCGUAUCGGAAACAAGAUGGCGACGCAAGAUGGCGACGAGUAUAACGCUGAACUCGAGGCUUCCAACGGGCAGUCCACAAACCAAUGUGUGACGUCACAGUGACUACGUCCAUUAUUUAUAUACAGUCUAUGGUAACACCAUGUAACAUUUAUGUAGCUAACUGAAUUAACCUACAAGUUAGCCUGCUCAUAUAUUACACAUUUAGAAUGAAGACUAAAACAGGUAAUGUUAUAUGGUUAAUACAUUAGCUGAUGAUUUAUUUCUACUGGGAUUUCUAAUGGGGAGAUUAAGAUCAGAUACUUAUGCCAUUACAGUUAAACUAAUAAUAAUGGCGGCCAUGUUGGCAGGUUUAAACCCACUCAUUCUAAACUGCAUGAACAUGCUAUGAAUUCUGAAACACAUUUCUCCACAUAUACAUAAACAAAUAAGACAGAGUAAUACCUAUAUUUACAAAAAGACAAAAGUAAAUUUUGAUAUUACCACUCAGCCUCAUAAAACUCUAAUUUUUCAAUUAGAAGACAUCAAAGAUGUUUCCAGUUUACGAAGCUGUUCACAUUCACCAUUCAUGCUUAUAUCUAAGGAAAGUAAUGCACUUUAAUGCUUGUCUAACCAACAUAACUGUGAGCCAGGAGGCACAGCUUAUUACGACCCAUAUUGACAUUACUAGGCAGCAACGUCUAGUGACUGUAGUUAUUAAGAUCCGUGAAAGGAGGAUGUGGAUGGGUCAAACACAGGACUUUCAUCCAGAAACAAAAGUCAUUGUUAUUUUAAGUUCUGUACAUAAGUUUACUUGUUACGUACAGACUUUAAACCACAAUGUUCAAAACUGCAACCGUUUCAUACCAUUAAGUAGAAUGAUCAUAUUGCAGAAAAUAUCAUCCAGAUCAGUUAUGAAGAUAUGUUAAAUGCACACAUUCAACUAGCUGAUAUAUUACUUAAGUUUUAAUUGUUCAACAAUUGGCUGGCAGGACUUUAAACACAAAUUUAAAAAUGCAUUUACAAAUAGCUGGUGCAACCCAGUCUAGGACUGUUUUAAAAGGCUAGGUGGUUUGCUUUCUCUUUAUGUUUUCAGUUUCCUGGUUUUCUUGAAGAAAAAAAAAUUGUCCUAAAUGUGAGCACUGACUAACUGCACUGUAAGGUCAUCAGCUGUCAUGUGUAAUCUAGUCAAAGUGGAGUCACAAAGACAUUGGGAAGAAAACAAGAUAAUAAGGAUAGACGGCUCUUUCAUACAUGGUUGGGUUUCUAGAAAUAUUAAUCUUCUUGUGUUUUUCAAAAGCAAUCAAUAGCAUCAAAACACUGACUGUAGGUUGUACUGACUCGCAAUACACUCAAAGAAACAUGACCAGUACAGUAUCGCCGGAGGGGAAAGCAGUCCUUAGUGCAGCUGCUCAAAGCAAAAGCCCCUGGAGUCUCUUUUCCCCAGUGGGCCGAGUGAUUGACAGCCACUGAGAGAAGAGCUGUCAGUGCUGGAGAAAG